AUGGCAACCAGACAUUCUUUCCUGCUUGGCCUCUUUGCCAGCCUUGCGCUUGCUCAAAGCUCGACCCUCGACUGCACCCCCUCGUCCACGUCCGGCCUCCAGCCAGAUUGUUGGGCUCAGCUAAAGGUCUCGGAAUAUAUCAAAGACUGGCUCGAUGCCAAUGGCACGGCCGCGGACUGCGACAACCUGGGCUUUGCCCAGUGCUUCCUCCAAUAUAAUGGCUACAGUGGCAGGACUUGCAAUUUGCUAAGCCGGGGGACGUGCGAUUCUUUCGAGACGACUGGAUCCGAGGCCACGUACUACUCUUCUCAGCAGUUCUACACUCUUUGGAACAUCUAUGCUAUGUACCAAUUCUUCAACCAGUUCUCCGAGGCUCUCUCGAAUGGAGUCAGCUUGGCAGGUGCUACCAUCGAUGAUAUCGUGGCCACAGUCAGCCCGUCCACAGAUGCCAGCUCCCCGAGCACUCUGCUGUGGACGGCGAUAAGUGGUGGAUUCUGGAUGCUUGCUGCGACACCUCUUGGGCCUUUUGCUGCUCUUGUUAAUACUGGCUUGGCCGUUGUCACUGGCAUGAGCAGUUUCUUCAUGAGCUCCAUCUCAGGUAGCUCAACAGCGCGAUUUGUUUUGCUGGGUGAUAUUGGCAGCGAAUUAGCUACCCUCGUUACGGAGUAUCAGACCAGCCUUGAGAACGCUCUCAAGGAGCUUCAAAACAACAGUACGCUCUUUAUCGCGGCAGCCGAACCCGGAGGAUUCAGCACUCGUGCGGUGACCAGCUUGAAUACCCAAAGCGUCGAUAUCUUCCACGACCUCCAGCUAUACAUACUUUCAGAAGCACUCAAGGGCAACAAUAUUGUGUCUGCUAGGUCCACAGAUACCAUCGCUAUGGACGUUGCCACCAACACCGGUGCUGUCGACUGCCCCAGCCUCAGUGCCGCAGGCAACUGCUAUCAGUUCUGGGUUGAUGAAGAAGCAGGGAACACAUAUGCGCUUCAUAGUACCAACGACUGGGGCUUUGACGACAGCACUGAUGUUCUCAACAAGAUCGUGGACUCUGGCUGGGCGAACCUUUCUGAGAUAUUUAAGGUAGAAGACUGCCAGGGCAAGGAGCCCGGCUUCGACGGGACGAAGGUGUCGUGUCUGGCUACCCACAAAUACUGCGAAUGGGACUAUGCCUCUCAGGUAUCUGGCGGCAAGUGGACACAAUGGACCAACUGUGAUGCUGAUUCCAAAUGGGAUACUCAGUGCAGCUCUUGGUCCACGAUCUAUCUGAUCCCGGACAGCUACCUCGGGCCGGCCUUAGCGGACGAUACUUUGUAUUGCAGGAAACUGUAG